AUGAUGUCGUACGAUUAUCCUCAUCCGGUCUCCAGGACGUAUCGAUAUCGAAAGAUCACCAAGCCUCUUUUGGAGAGGAAGCGGCGCGCUCGCAUAAAUCGCUGCCUGGAAGAACUAAAGGAUCUCAUGGUGGAUGCCCUCGAGACCGAGGGCGAGAACAUCAGCAAACUGGAGAAAGCCGACGUGCUGGAGCUGACGGUUCGCCAUCUGCAGCGGCUGCAAGCGUCGCGUCCUUCCGGUCUUUCAGCCCAAGCCUCUCCUGGCGACGAAUCCGCCGAAAGUAGAUGGCAAUCAGGAUUCGGACACUGCGCAGCAGAAGCUUGCAGAUUCCUCUCGGCACUUCCAGGAGAAGCCGCAGGCAGGCUGGCCAGACAUCUCGCCCUGGACCUGAAAUCCACCAGACGGGUAAAUGCCAAACAAAAAUGGAGUGAUAAAAGUUGCCUAAACAAGAGAAAAAAAAAAAUAGGAAGAAAAAUACCAUACCCUAUACGAUCCAUUAAUUAUAACAUAAAAGUGAUGCCCAAACCCACCCUGACCAGCUCCGAGGUGCUGAUGGACAGUACGGUCUCAUCUUCGCUGAAUUUACCAAUCGAGGCAUCGAGAUCUCCAGAUUUUGGGAGGAUCUCUUCGCCGAUGGGUCCAUCGAACCUUCUAGAAGAUGUUGAAAAGCCUUCCAGUCUGCUUCUCCCUCGUUCGAAAGGUCCUGGAGAAGAGGAAACUUCUGAGGGCGACGACUGCAGCCUCGCCGAUGAUGCUGUGGAUCUUGGAGAUAAAGUCAAGGAAGAUGCCACCUCCUCUCAGGUUAUUAUGGAGGAGGAGGAGGAAAUCGAUGUGGAGCGGGUUGAUGAAACCGAUCCCAUGUGGAGACCCUGGUAG